AAAGUGCGACUAUGGCCAGAAAGGAAGCAGGCCGACCUUCUGGCGGGAAUCAGCUGAUCGGGUUUGCGCAAUGCGCAAAUCUAGGGGGCGCGGGUGAGUGAAGGGGGAAUACGGGGCAGGGGAGGCGGCAGCGCGCAACGAGAGGGUGUGCGGCGGCGCCCGGCCAGUCGCGGUCCCGCGGUCUGCUGCACCAGCCUCCGCGGAGCCGGCGUCACGGGCGCGGUGUCCGCGCGAGCGCCGCGCCGAGGCCGAGCGCCCCGACCCGCACCAAGCGCUGCUGUGAUACCUAUUUGUACAAACCGGCGUACGGCCAUGCGGAAACAGGUCGCGAUACGCUCUCCGUACGUGCGUCGCACCGCUCCACGCGCUAGUUUAUGAGAGACGUUGCUCCUGAUACAUGUACAAAAAUGUUCGAUAUGUCAAUUCAAGAAGUGAACGGGAAGGGUCCUAAGAAAAGGAAAAAGUCGUUGGAGCGUAUCUGUGAUAAUGAGGAGCGACGGGAGCGUUCGGAGCUGAACGCGGGGGACGGUGCGGCGGAUAGCGGGAAGAAUGGCGCCGUGGACGCCAAGCCGGGGGCCCAGAGCGCCAAGGGCGCCCCGGGGCCCGGCGGCGUGGAGCUGCUGCACUGGCGGGACAUGCCGCAGCACCUGCAGUUCAACCCGUACGUGCUGACCGGCUACCGCCCGCUGCAGGGCUGGGCCGGCUGCGUUGGCAGCCUCUUCUACUUUCACAAUGAAACCAUUAAUAUACUCACCCACGGCGUAUCCCUGGUGUAUAUCCUGGCGGUGCUGCCGGGGCUGCUGCCGUGGGGCGGCGGCGGCGGCGCGUGGUUCCUGUCGCUGUGCCACCUGCUGGGCGCCCUGGCGCCCUGGUGCGGCUCCUUCCUCUACCACCUCUUCAUGAACCACGCGCGCGGCGAGCAGCUCUACCACCGCCUGCUGCAGCUGGACAUGCUCGGCAUCUGGGUCAGUCAGAGCAUAGGUGCAAUCCCCAUGGUGACGGCGACGGUGCACUGCGCGCCCGCGCCGCUGCGGUACUCGGUGCUGGCAGUCUACAGCCUCGGCAGUCUGCUGGGCCUGUAUAAGGCGAUGCGCGCGUGGUCGCCGUGGGAGCGGCGGUUAUGCUUCGCGGCUCCGUUCUGCAUGCGCGUGCUGCUGGCCGGCGCGCGCGCAGCUCGGCUCGGCGGCGGCUGCCCGCACGCCAUCCUACACGUGUUCCUCCAGGAUGCAGUGUCACUCGGCGGCGGCGUGAUCGGCGCCAUGCACAUCCCCGAGAAGUGGUUUCCGGGCGCCGUGGACCGCUGCCUCAACUCGCACAACAUCAUGCACGUGCUGGUCGUGCUGGCCGUGUACUCCAUGCACCAGGUGACGACGCGCGACCUGGCGUGGAUGUCGCGCGUGGACUGCCGCGCGCCGCUGCGCACGCUCUGACGGCCCGUCCGCUCGCCCGCCCUCUGUGCCCGACACGUCGCGUCUUCAGGAUUCACCUCCUAAAGAACUCUGCUGCCGGCAACGCAACGGCUUGAACGUUCACUCAUGGUAGCCACUGGUCACCGGUUGUGAGUUGUGUUAAAUCCAAUAAGCCGUCAAGUCUUAGACAGAAAGUUCAGCUUAGGUCCAACUCACAACAUUAAGUUAAUUAGGAAAUGAUGCGGACUGGUGAGAUUUUGCUCCAGUUGACAAUUAUGGUUACCUUAAGAUCAUGGAUACUUUAA